UUAGAAGAUUGGGCCAUCUCUUGGAACACUCGUAAACAAGUUUGAGUCGGCAGAUUACCUCUGAGAAUCUCUCAAGGCAUCUUUGUUUCGAGAGAAUAAUUCCUUACUCCGAUAAAGAAUCUUCGAAUUUGCCUCCAUUUUUUUCCAGAUUUGCUCUUCCCUUAUGCAGAGGAAACCCCAUCUUAAAGUUUAUUUCGUUAAUUUCAUUGGGAAAAUCCGGGACCGAUUUUUCGGAGAAAAUCUAUUCAUAGAACUGCAAACAUGGCGAAUCUUAGCUCCGAAUAUGACGAAAUGGGUUCCUUCUCUUUCACUGACUUCCCUGAAGAUGUUCAGUUAUGCAUCCUCUCCUUCCUCUCCCCAUCCGAUAUAGCGACUUUCUCUUGCACAUCGAAGAGAUUCGUCUCUCUCUGCAGGAAUGAUCGGAAACUGUGGUUUACUAUGUGCGAUCGGAAAUGGGGAUCCAAGACUCAAAUCAACAAUUGGGGAAAGGGAAAAAUCACUUACAGGUUACUCUAUAAAACUCUUCAUCAGUGGGAGAAUCUGAUCGGUUUUUGGCGCCGGAGUGGCUCGUCGACCAUCAGCAACACAUCGCCGCCGUUGGUAUUCUUCGAAUGGGGCCCAGAUUUUCUUGCUGGCUCUAGGGUUUCUCCGUCGAAGAACGGUACUUACGACGUGUUUAAAUCUCCAUUUCUAUGGAUCGGGCUCUCUUCAGAAGGUCAGGCCAUGAGUUUUAUCGACCCCGAUGGCCGUUCUGAGUUCGCCGGGAAGUUUGCGGAUUUAGGGGAUUCCGGUUUUUCCGAUUGCGAUUUGAUUCCGAUCGAUCUGAGCUUCAUGGGGAAAAAUCAUUUUGUCAUCGAGGAAAAUCUGACAUUCGCUUAUCCAACUUCCCCAGAGCAGAGGAAAAAGGGAUUCCGGCGCAGUUCAAGUUCAGCCAAUUUACGAGCGGAGGAUGGUGUAGCCGCCGUAACCGAUGUGAACGGAGUGGAAAGUGGCUCUCCGGGAAGCUUACCGGACCGAUUGAUGUCAGAAAUUUAUCAGCAUUUUGCGAAUAGAACCAGUCCGGGAGGGGAUAGAGCCUCAAGGAGGCAACGGAGGAGGGAGAAGGAAAGGCUAGGAAAGAGGAAGUGGGAACCAGAGCAUUUCGUUAAAAUUAUCAAUUGCUCACCCACACCAUUGCGGCCAUUACAGGGCUUAUGGAAGGGAAUCAGUGAUGAUUUGAGCAUGGAUUUCUAUCUUGUUGUAUAUGAUGACAUUGGUGGCAUUGCCUGUCGGAGAGUUGGGGACUCGUCUGAACGCCUUUCCAGUUAUGCUCCCGUGUUUUGGACGUCCAAUACUACAUUCUUGGAAGCUCCAUUCUCUGCGGAGGAAGAAUAUUUGCACGAUUGCCGAGUACAUGUUCAGCCUCUAGCAGCCAAUGACAUUGAGGAGCUAGUGCCUUCAAUUGAAAAUAAUAGUAUUUCUCGCAUUCUUUGCGUCAACUCUAGUUAUGAUCUAGUCCUACCAGACCUGGCUGGAAGUACUCCAAAUCCUCGGAAUGUGGAGGGAAGAAUUUGGCAGUACUGUAAUGGGACUUUUGGGUUUGGUUUCCUUAGAGAUAAUUUUAUUAUAGACCUGAAGCACCUUGCUCGAAAUGGUUCUAUUCUGGAUACUGUGGAAUAAUGUAUUUGUUGAUUCUUCUAUUAAUUAACAAUGUAGCCAUUUGAUGAAUUCUUUGGCCAAGCAUAAUCUUUAUAAAUGUACAGAUUGACGACGAAUCAUUCAUAUGUCAAUAGUUCACAAA